UUGUUUCUCAUUUCUCAUCCACAGUACAAACUACAAUGCUUUCUUCCCUAACCUCUCAACACCUCAGACCCUUUCUUCUUCUUCAUCUCUCCCACACUCAAACCCUCCUAUUCUCCUCACUUCCUCACACUUCUCCCACCAAACCCAUUUCAAUUCCCAAUCCCACAGACCCAAAUCCUCAAUCAAAUUCACCAAUCUACGACUACACCACAGUGCGUGAAACCCUUUCUUCUUACUGCAAUGACUGGAAGAAAGCCCUCGACUUUUUCAAUUGGGUUGAGACCCAGUACCACUUCCAACACACCACCGAAACCUACAAUCGAAUGCUUGAUAUUUUCGGUAAGUACUUCGAGUUUGAGCUUUCUUGGGACUUGGUUCACAAAAUGAAGCAGAACCCAAGUUCUGUUCCUGACCAUACUACAUUUCGUAUAAUGUUUAAGAGAUAUGUGUCUGCACAUCUUGUAAAGGAAGCUAUAGAUACUUAUAAUAAGUUGGAUGAGUUUAGUUUGAAGGAUGAGACUUCUUAUUGCAAUCUUAUUGAUGCUCUUUGUGAGCAUAAGCAUGUGAUUGAGGCCCAAGAGCUUUGCUCUUGGAAGAACAAAGAGUUGGGUUUUGAUAAGAGUACUAAGCUGCAUAAUAUAAUUCUUCGGGGGUGGUCGAAAAUGGGGUGGUGGGGAAAGUGUAGGGAUUUUUGGGAAGAGAUGGAUAGGAGAGGUGUUUGUAAAGAUUUGCAUUCGUAUUCGAUAUAUAUGGAUAUAAUGUGUAAGAGUGGGAAGGCGUGGAAGGCUGUGAAGUUGUAUAAGGAGGUGAAGAGGAAAGGGAUCAAGCUGGAUGUGGUGGCGUAUAAUACGGUUAUUCGUGCCGUUGGUGAUUCUGAGGGUGUUGAUUUUGCAACUCGGAUCUUGAGGGAGAUGAAGGAAUUGGGAUGUGAACCUAAUGCUGCGACGUAUAAUACAAUUAUAAAGCUUUUGUGUGAGAAUAUGAGAUUCAGGGAGGCAUUUUCAAUGCUUCGAAUAAUGUCUAAGAACAGUUGUGACCCGGAUGUUAUUACGUACCAAAUCCUUUUUAAGUAUCUGGAGAAGCCGAAUGAGAUUCUUAGGCUGUUUGAUAGGAUGAUUGAAAGUGGGGUUCAGCCAAGGAUGGACACAUAUGUGAUGAUUAUGAGGAAGUUUGGGAGAUGGGGCUUCCUUAGACCGAUGUUUAUUGUGUGGCAGAAGAUGGAAAAACUUGGGUGUAGUCCUAAUGAGUCUGCUUACAAUGCUUUAAUAGAUGCUCUGGUUGAAAAGGGUAUGUUAGACAUGGCUAGGAAGUACAAUGAAGAGAUGAUAGCAAAGGGCCUUCCAGCUAGGCCAAGGGUGGAGUUGGGCACGAAACUGGUGGAGUAAUGGAUCUGAUGAUGGGUACUUGCAAUGUCUUUGGGUGCUUCUGAGAUGCUACAGCUAUCUGGAAUAUAAAAACAUUUCUACCAGCAUUUUGUGUUGAAUAGCAAAUUAAAGCGAAGGGAUACUAUCUAAAUAAUGCACUCAAUGUUGAAGGAUAUGGAUUCUAGGGCUGACACAUACAUAUUAUGAGGUUGUGCAGCUGAAAACUUGGUUACAAUGAUGAAAGAGUUUGGGGUAGCUGCCAAUAGUUUUGAUGACCUUUUGUGCUGGACUUGUUACGAUGGAUGCACGGCAGCAUGGGCAUAGUUUCCGUCAAAGCUGAUGAUUUAGUGUCCAAAAAUAUGCUUCAACUGGUUGAGAUACAGAGGUAGGCAAAAUUAAUGGAAAGCAUACCUAUGUUGGCCUUGUUUUUGUUAAUGGCAUGGAAAAUUUUGUGAAUUUAUUUUCUGAGGAGAUAGUAGCUCAUUCAUUUUGCCUUCAACUCUGACUGAAUCUGGUGGAGACUCUGUGCAAAUUGCUUUGUUGUUCUUUUCAAGUCUUUCUGUCCAAUACCUCAUAUGGACUUUUUUCAAUCAAAUCCUAUGUGCAAUGAAAUUUAGGGGGAGAAACUUUUUUGCUCAAACAUGUGACUGUUGGCUUGAAGAUUGCUCAUUCAAUUCAUGUAUUAGUAAUUUAGUAUGGUUUGUUUUGUACAAUUGGCAGCCUAGGGCAGAUUCUGUUUACUUUUAUUUGCUCUCUUUAUAUGUCAUUUAUUGUACCUGUGACUGCUGUGUUCGAUAUAAACUGUUAAUUUGUAUUC